GGAAGUCGUCUUGCAGCGACACCUGCAAAGUCAACUUGAACAAUCCACUGAAGAUUGAGAAAAUGCAGUGAAAAUAUGUCGAAGAGAAGAAAUAAAGACGGUGAUGUAGGCGAUAGCGACGAUGACUCUUCAUGGAGUACCGCCGAUGAGUGUCCAAAAAAGAAGAAAAAAGUAGCUGAAACUACCAGAAUUUCUGAACCGGAAGAAGGGGAAUUAAGUAGUUCUUCGUCCGACAUUGAAAGUAAUUUUGAUGACGGUUAUGACGAAGGAUGCGUUGGAGAUGAAGCUGACAAAAAAUUUUUGGAAUCACUAAAUCAGAGACAACGUGAAGCAGAAAUUUAUCGUCGAAUGCAAGAGCGUGAAAGGCUAAGAAUACAACAUGAAAUAAAGUUAAAACUAAAGAAGGCAAAAAAGCCAAAAAAGGAAAAGGGUGGUAAAGGUUCAGCUCCAUCCAAAUCUAGCGGAAAUAAAAAAUCUUCAAAGGCAGCAAAAAGUAAAGAAAAAUUUCAGAAUGAAAGACAAAUGGCUAUGGAACAGAAAAAAAAUAAUAAAUUCUCCAUAUUUGAUGAAUUAAAGGCUUCAAGACUAAAAGUCAUGGAGAAAGAAGCUGAAAAAAAGAAGAAAGCAGAUAGACUAAGUGUCAAAGAUGUAUAUGAUUCUGAUAGCGAUGACUCUUUCGAAGAAAAAUCCAGACAAUCUCAUAGUAAUAAACUGAGGGAAAGGACAGCAGUUAGAGCUCCUUCUUACUCUUCAUCAUCCGUGUCUUCAGAGAGUGAGAGUGAGGGCCAGAAAGCUCGCGAGAUCAUAAAUAAAUUUGUAGAAAGUAACGAGGAACUGUCAAGAAUAAAAUUAAGUAGGAUUUUUUUAGAAAAAUGGUGUCAUAUGCCGUUUUUCAAAGAAACUGUAAUAGGAUGCUUUGUUCGAAUAGGAAUUGGUAAUAGUCCAAAUGGAAAGCCAGCCUAUCGCGUGGCUGAAAUUAAGGAUGUUGUUGAAACAAAUCAUGUAUAUAAUUUAGGUUCUACACGCACAAAUAAAGGCUUAAAGCUUAAAAAUGUGAAUGCCGAAAGAGUUUACAGACUUGAGUACGUUUCGAAUCAAGAUUUUACACCUGAAGAGUUUGCGUUGUGGAAGAGCCAAAUGGAAGAUAAUUUUGUGCACUUGCCAAGAGAAGAAGAUGUGAAAAAGAAGAUAAAACAUAUCGAAAAUGCUAUGAAUUAUCAGCUGGAAGAUAAAGAUAUUGAUGUUAUGCUUAAGGAGAAAGAGAGGUUUAAGAAACGACCUCAUAAUAUGGCUAUGAAAAAAACCCAUUUAUUAAAGGAGAUAGAAGUUGCAGAAAAUGAGAAGAAUAUGAAGAGAGUUGAAGAGAUUAAAGCCGAACUUAGUGAACUGCAACAACAAGCGGACGAAAUUGAUGAGAAAAGGAACAGCUCUAUACAAAAAGUGUCAGAAAUUAAUAAAAAGAAUAGAUUAAAUAAUUUAAAACGAGCCGAAGACGCUCUAAAACAAGAAAAAGCCGAACAAAAGAAUGCAAAGGCUGAUCCGUUCACAAGAACUAAAGGCCGACCAACAGUUCUAGUAACCAAGUCAAAAAAUCCAGAAAUUAAGGCUCAGAUUAAGCAGAGAUAUAUGAAUGCCUUUAAACCUAUUUCAACUGAAGACAUCGCAGGGAGUUUAAAAAAUUCAAAUUCAUCUGUAUCUAAAACGUCUGCAGACAAUAAGUCUGAGGAAACUAUGAGUCUAUACGAUGCUCACAAUUUUAAUGUGAAUAUUGAUAUUGACUUGCCUGAUGUCGGUAAGUCAUUAAAAGUAAAUCCAAGCAAGCUGCAAAAUUAG